AUGAGAGAAGAUAGAGCUGAUUUGGACCAAGGAUUGGGAUGGAUCACGUUCUUGGCUAAGGGAGAGAAGAGAAUGGUGACCUUUAGGCAGCUGGAGAUCUUGUUUGGGUUCAACUAUGGAGAGGGAACCAAGUGGAACUUCAAGGAAAAGGAACUCCAAAGGGUUUGGGCUACAAUCGCUGAUGGAGUGUACUCUUCCUCAAGGUCCAAGGCAGCUCAGAUCAGGAGCCCAGUCUUGAGAUAUGUGCACAAGGCACUUGCCAACACCUUCUUUGCAAGGAAGGCGACCGGGACAAUCAACGAGGGAACUCAAGUUUCUUGA